AUGACUAGUUUUAUCAUCCCAAUUGUAAUUAUUAGUAUUAUAUAUGGGAUUAUUUAUUACCAUACUGUUCGUUCAACAGCAAACUUUCAACAAUCAUUACAUGGAACAAAACGUGAUGUUAAACUAGCACGUAAUAUUCUUAUUUUACUUGGUAUUUUCCUAUUUGGUGGUAUUCCAUCAACAAUUUAUAUUAUAGUAUCAAGUAAAGUCGAAUCAGCACCAGGUGUAUUAUUUCUAAUUGCUAUAACAGUACCGUCAAUCGCAAUAGCGAUUGAAAAAAUCAUGACUAUUGUAUUGAAUAGAGAUAUUCGACAAGUAUUCAAAUUACGAUGGAUGAAAUGGUUUUCUUGUUGUAAAACACCUACGAAUCGUGUUCAACCGAUAACAACAAAUAACAGAAUAAUUAAUCCUACAAAUAUACAAAAAAGUCAACAAAAUAAGACAAAGACAUUAAAUACUCGAACAUAA